CGUGAUGAGGUCAUCGUCGAUAUCGAUACAUAUUCGCACUUGCUCUGUUUGCCAUCGCUCGACUCUCAUCGACACCACGAAAUAGAAUAACUGAAAAUGGCACCAGUCAGCUCCCUUUCCGAUCCUAAGGCCUACCAUAUCCUCACAUAUGGCACUCUCCUUGGCUCCAACAUCUUCCAGACCUUCCUUGCCGGACCUGUCGCAUUCAAGGCUCUUCCACGACCAUCAUUCAGUGUCCUGCAGCAAGCCAUUUUUCCUCCAUACUUCACCUUCCAGACAGCACUACCCUUAGUCCUCGCUUUAACAUGGCCAGGUGAGAAAAUUGCUGCAGCCGGUGGAGCAGUCGCGAGGCAAAACUCUGGACUUGCAGGCCUCCUGGAGGAAGAGCACAGAUGGACAGCCUUUGCCCCCAUUUUCGCAAUGUUCGCCACCAGCUUCUUGAACCUACUUGUUCUUGGACCCGCCACGACGAAAGUGAUGAAGGAGAGGAAACAUCAAGAAACGAGAGAAGGAAAACGAUAUUACGAUCCUGGCCCCAAAUCAGCCGAGAUGCAGCGUCUCAAUUCGUCUUUUGGCAAACUACAUGGUGCCUCGUCGCUUUCCAAUGUGAUCGGCUUGGGAGCCAUGAUCUGGUACGGCUUUGUACUCGCUGAGAAGCUAUAGAUCAUUAUAAAUCGAGCCUUCGCUAUACCAUCGGCUUAUCUCGCACUCGCUCGACAGCAUGGUGACUUCAGAAAAUUGAACAUUUCGACGUCCUCCCUAAUUAUCAGCCCAGA